UUCUCCGUGCACUGUCCUUCCAAAGCAAAUUGGCGCUGUUCCCUCCCCUUUUUUAAGCCCAUCUUCCCCGCAACAACUGACAGAACACAGCUAAAGCAAUUGACCGGAAUAUCCGCGUUGUUGCCGUUGUCUAUUUACGUCUUCUUUCCGUCAUUCUCUCCAGCUGCCCUCUUUCCUCAGUCCCUUUCGGCUCCUUCUUCUGCCUCGAGGUCUCCAAGGGGCCUUCAAUUAAUAUUUAGCCAUGAAGGGACCAAGUCGGUCAGAGUUGAUGCUUGCAGAUGAAAAUCUGGAGUGGAUUGAGCAGCACCACCGUAAUACAAGCGGAAAGAUUGGGCCAGGACUCGACAAUCUAAGUGGGGAUGAAUCCGACUGUGCAGAGAAGCACAAGCAAUCCCAAUUUUAUACACCCGACCCACGAAAAUGGACAAAGGAAUAUCAUAUCGAUCAGGCCAUCCAGGCAAUCAAACUCCUCAAGGCAGCCUCAAAACCAACUGGCUGGAAGAAACUCCUCAAGCACAAAUCCGGCUGCCUAGUCUAUCAGUCCACAAACAAUGGAGACAAACAUCCCACAUUUAAGGGAGAGCAUGUCGUUCGUGGCUAUCGGGCACAGGACGUCUUUUCGGUAGUAGGCGUACGGAAGCUGUGGGAUGAUUGGUAUGAUGAGCUAAGCUGCGUGGAAUCUUACGACGAUGCGACUAAUCUCAUGUACAUGGUUAUGAAGAGUACACUUUCAUCAAAAACACGGGAUAUAUCCAUGGUAGAGAGGAUAGAAAUGGAGCGCGACGGGACUAUUUACUUCGCUUCGUGUUCUGUGGAGUCCAGCAAAAUCCCCCGGAUAUCAGGCAAAGUCCGAGCUGAUAUCUUUGUCGCAGGAUGGAUAAUCCAGCCUCUGCCCUCCAACCCGCCAAUCAGCAAGAUUACCUAUGUAAUUCAGACAGACUUACUGAGCAGGCUUCCAAAAUUCAUCGCACGAAGAGCGCUCGCAAAGCGGCCACUUGUUAUCACCACUAUCGAGACGCAUCUGAAAAAGAACGGCGCACCUAUGGUCAUGUCCACCCUUGUCUCAAAAAUUGCCAACCGACACCGCAGCCUUAGUGAGCCUCUUAAACCUGACCGGUUCACUUUUGCGGAGCAGGAGGCUGAGGAAAAGGUGCAGUCCGGAUCAGCAUUCCUCUCGCCUCUUGGACCUUUUGACCCGGAAAAGGAUGUAGAGCGGCUAGACGACAGAGACGACUCGGAGGAUGAAGACAUUCGAUUAGAUAUGGCAGUAGCCAAGGACAACUCGCCUGCCUGGAACUCCAUGAAUCCUGUUGCUCCCAGUCUUAUAUCGAAUCAGUCUCUCGCUCCUUCGAUCUUCACGCCAGAGUUCGUAGAGAACAAUGCCGCCAUCGGAGAUACGGCACUUUUUGGCGACUCGCAGCUGUUUGGCAAGGGUGGCAUCGUGGGGGGCACACUUCGGCACGAGGAUGAGACAUCCGUGGAAUCCUAUGACGAGCCACGGUCGCAUUCAUCUCAAAUCGCGCACAAAUCGGCUCCUGGUUACGAACAAGGCAGACCACUAUUGCCUCCACAGGUCGCCAGGACAGCAUCUAUAGAAUCAGAUACCCGGCAUCAACAGGAGAUCUAUGGAGGAUCUUCAAUGACACCGCCCCAAAGGAUAGAAUCGCGAUCCAGUUCCAGACCUAGGAAUGCUGCAUCAUCAACCAUAACACGGUCAAACCCGCCGCAUGUUGUGACCCCGGCUACGCCUCCUCUAACGCCUACUACAUCGAUCGAUGGCAAGGACGCAACAUCCGAUUCAGACGCCUCUAUCACGCCCAAAGUCAAGGUUGUUCCACGAGCACCAAAACAACAUGUCCCUCUGGAUACUGCCCUGCCUGCACGGCCGAGCUCGAUGGCAUUUGCAGCAUUUGGUAUGCGGUCACCCUCGGACAUCAUGGAGGCUCGUCGCCACAGCACUUUGAUCAGUCGAAGCUCCUCAUUUGCGCCCCGCCACAGCCAGAUCAUGCCCAUCCGCGGGAACCCCCACAUCACCCUCCAUGGACUAAACAGAGCAUCAACACCUAUCGGCCAGCUUUCCAACGCAAUGAAGAGAAGUUCGACUGCCUUUAGUCUGGAUUCCAACCGGUCGUCGACACAACUCACGCCAAUGUUGGUUCUUCCGCACCGCCAUUCUGAGACAGCUCGCAAGGCGUUAGCCAUGUUUAAGGUGUUGGCUGCUAGUCCUGAGGACCGCUGGAGAGUUGUGUCGAGCGAUGGUACUUUUAAGAGCUACAGUAGAAUUAUUUCAGGUGCAGGACUUCCCAUGCUUCGAGGUGAAGGAAUCAUCUCAGGAGGUUGGACUGUCGAGCAGAUCAACGCCGUGAUCGAGUCCGCAGGCUGUCGGCAGAUCUGGGACGAGCGUUUUGAGAACAUGUCGAUUGCGGAGACCUUCAAUGCGAACGAAUAUCUCUUUCAUGUCACCCUUCGGGGCAUUGGUUCCUUGACUGGUCGAGACCUCGCAGGAGUCACCAUCAUUGAUCGCGACCCCCAGACGUCGGCGCUAUACAACGUUUCGACGUCAGUUCUUGACUCUACGAUUCCUGAAGACCCUGGCCGCAUUCGUGCUCUCCUCGAACUUUCUGGCUGGUCAUUGCGACCAAUCUUUGAUGGUCAAGGCAACACAGUUUCCGUCAAUGUUACGUUUGUGAUCCAAAUUGAUAUCCGAGGAACGCUGCCGAAUUCAGUUAUCAAGUCGGUGACGGCUAGUAUGAUGACAGCCGUCGCUCGUUUGAAUCAAUUCAUCAACAAGACAGGGUACCCGCCAUACGCCUCCCAUAUUUCAGGAAGCCGCCUCUUUGACACGUUCGACCCCAAGACUGGACACUUUGAGCUCUGCUACAAGACCUCUCCUGGCUGGACGGAAGUCCGAGUCGGAAGGAAGGUGUACAGAGAGGGCUAUGACUUCUUCAUCAAGCCCGAUGAUCCAACCGUGCGCGUCGAGCUGGCUCCAGAUUUCGGCGGUGUUCGCGUCUUCACGACACUAGAUCAUGAAGGCCAGAGCAUCAUCGCCCAAGUGACCAGGAAAGGACAGAAUGAUGGCAACCCCUCCAAGCAACAGUCGCUGCAACGGCCACAAGGCGACGACAAUGCCGACGACGAGGACAAGUCGGAUCAACAUGCGCGAGACUCGUUGGUGCCAAGGCGGACAAGGGAUAGUCGGGUGUAUGAAUCCUCAACACCCACGUACGGCGGUCCGUCACUGCGAAAGUCGUCGAGCCAUCUAAAGAGCUUCUACGGCACCCAAGGCCUCUCCGGAGUCCGAGAGGAGUCGCUCUAGGAGCCGCACACCCCGUAGUCUGGGCAGCGUGUCUACAGGUGCUCCUCCGCCCUCACUUCCACGUCGCUCUAGCUCACUCAGUCGCUACUCCGUUCCCAUCGCCCCGUAUCUUCCUCAGGCUAACGCACCA